GCCAAGCAUCAGUCACAGAAUUCUAUUCAUUGCAGAAACCUUUGCCAUGUGUGUCCUGACGAUAGCCUCGACCAUCUUCGCUCUGCUGGCCUUUACUGGAGCAGCCCCCGUUUGCGAGGAGCUUGUCAAACCCCUCCAUGUGGAGGACCUAACUCCGAUGAUGGGGAAGUGGUGGUUCCUGUCGGGCUUCAAUGAUAAUCGGUUGUUCCGAGACAUUCUGAAAGUGGUUAACAGCUCCUGGAUAACUCUGACACCCUCCGGCCAGGCAGAAUCAUUCAUCAUGAGUCACGGCAAUAAGAUCGAUGGGAAAUGUGAAUUCACCACUUCCAAUAUCACCCUCAAAAGAAGUGUAUUGCGUGUGAUACAAAUGUUUGAGGGGCAUCCAGUGAUUACUGAAGUGACCAUCUUGCCAUCUGGCUCGGACUACCUUACCAUGAAAAUGAAUCAUAAAAUGGUGGACAUCAACAUCAGCUCAUUCUACAUCUUUGGGCGUUCAGCUAAGCUGUCGGAGACAGAGCAGCAAGCGUUCCAGAGACAAGCGGAGUGCCUGGGUUACUCCAGCCCAGCCCCAUACACAUACAACGGAGUUACGGAGCUUUGUGACCAGGCUAAGCACAAUCUAAUGUGUGAGCCCCUUAUCAAACAUCAAGAAAUCAAGAACACAACACAGUUGAUGGGGCGGUGGGUGUUCCUGAUGGGGUUCGUAGACCAUAAGAUCUUCCAUGACUUACUGAAGAACGCCAGUAGCGGUUGGAUGGGUUGGACACUUUCCCCCGAGACAGAUACGAUCUCUAUAAGCCAAGGGAAUAGGCUGAAUGGACAGUGCAUGAUCACCAGCAGUAACAGCACCAUCUCGGACAGCGUUUUCCGCGGAUCUGCCAUGUAUGCAGGGCACCUGAUGACCACUGAGGGGUGGUUUUUGCCCUCGGGCACAGACAUCCUCGUUAUGUAUAGCAAAAGUCAAAGUGGGGACCAGAACAUCCGGGCACUCUACAUGUUUGGUCGGUCAAGUAAAGCAUCAGCCACAGACUUUUUAAAUGUCCAGAAACAAGCGGAGUGUUUGGGAUGGAUUGGACCAGCCCAUUAUACAUAUGAUGGAGUCACAGAGCUUUGUGAGAAUUCGCCUGAAUCAUCUGGAGACAAGGUUGUGGACUAAUUCAAUCAACUGUUGUGGAAUUAACCUUUCAAAUCAUUUCAGAAAUCACUUCUUUUCUCAGCUUUAAGUUUUAAUUUCACAAUGUUGUAUUGAAUCAUGCUCUGAACCCAUUUGAAUUUGCUCUGUAGAUCUAGCUGGCCACCCUCACAGAAAACCCACAAACCAAUCACAACAGAGGAAUAUGGUUAGUACAGUGUUUAACACAACCAAAGGCUGUGUUGACAUCAUUAGUAUUACACAACACAGACAGUCAUCCUUUGUUUGCAAGAAAUAUGUGAUUGCUGUAUUUCUGAAAGGAUUCAGUUAGAGUUUAAUGUACCAAUUUAAGUUCAAUGUCAAUGCUUGGAAGUGAAGAAAGGAUCCCCAACACACACACAUGCAUGACCUUUAACAAAAAAUAAUAUUCUUAUCCCAGAACAGAUUCCUGCAAGACCAGACAAGGUCUUUGCCAAGCUUGAUGUCUUUAAAAUGUUUGUAAUACCCAAGAUCCGUAGGUCUAUGCUACGAAACUGAAAUCUAACCCACAGAACAUAAACUGCAGUAGCUCCACUAUUUUCCUGUCAAUACACAAAUAAAGCAUGUUAAAAAUC